AUGGCAAUCGACGGAAUCAUUACGGACCCAAAUCUGGCGACCGUGCUGGGCGCAUCACACGACACGCGCCGGCAAGCCCUUAUCCUGGUCGACCAGAUCGCGGCCACAGGCCCUAUCGAUAAAGCCUCCGUCGACGUUCAGCUCGAGAUUUCGAAGCAACAAAAACUUCUCAUCACGAACCUUGCGCAGCUACGAGGUCUUCACCGUGCGGCACACAUCGGCGCACGCCAAACCAAGCACGAGACAGCCGAUGCGCGCCAAGAGGUCGACCGCCUUCACCUACAGCUACAGAAUCUGUACUACGAGCAACGGCACUUGCAAGGGGAAAUCGCAGCAUGCGAGUCCUACAAGUUAGUAUCUGCCAUUACUUCAGAUUCAACUGCACAAGCUGAGAUGUCAAGCGACAUUCCCACUCCUGGCGAAUUUAAAUACGACUUGACAGCCAAUCAGCUUGCACGCGAGCUAAUUGAAAUCAAAAUCAGCCACACCUAUCAACAACUGCCUCUAAUUCCCGUCGAGGAGUUCCUCGCACUCAAUCCUGAUCAUACCAACGAUGACGAGAACGCCCUUAUGAUUGCGCGUAUAGAGCACGAACGAAGCGAACGAGAAGCUUUGGAGCAGAAGCGGAUGGAAUUGCUGAAGCGCAAGCAGAAGCUCAUCGCUGACAACAAGAAGAGGAAGGACGACCUGGCAAAUCUUGACAAGGAGCUGGAGAAGUUCAUUGAUGCUGCGAAACCGAUCCAGAAGUUGUUUGAGAAGAAUGUACCCGCAGUUUGA